AUGGAGAUCCAGUAUGUGUACCAGAAGGAGCGGCGCGACUUCGGGAAGCAGUGCAGCUUCGCGGACAAGAAUGAGCUGGUGUUCUCGGAGGGGCCCAAUCGGGCGGCCUUCAAGGAGUUCAUCCUGCGCAACCCGAUGGACCGCGAGACGCAGAAGAGCCGCCAGAUGUCCGCCAGCGAGGCCAACACGGAGCGCGCCGUGUUCGAGCACAAGGGCGUCAAUCACACGGAGGGUGGCUGGCCCAAGGACGUGAGCAUGGCCGAUCCCGAGCAGACGGUGCGCUACAAGAGGAAGAUCGAGAAGGACGAGUCCUACAUCGUCCAAGUGAUGAGUCUCACGAAGCCAAUGGAGCACUGCAUCUUCCAGAACAAUGCUGUAAAUAUCUAUGAGAAUUACUUUGACGAUCUCGAACCUGCGCCGCUCGUCGAGAAGUGCAACUCGAGGACAGUGAAUGUCUACAGGGAUCCUUCAUCCAUUCCGAGGAACGUGACCCACUUGUCGUGGUCUCCGGACUCUGGGAAGCUGGCUGUGUCGCACUGCAACAGAGAUUUCCACGAGGACAGAUGCUCACAGUCCAAGAAUUCCUACAUUUGGGAGAUUGAGAAUCCCAACGCGCCUCUGCAGACUUUCGAGCCGCCGAGUCCCAUCGUGUGUCUGGAGUACAACCAGAAGGAUCCCUCGAGCCUCGUGAGCGGCAUGUUCUCCGGCCAAGUGGCCGGCUGGGACAUGCGGCACGGGAAAAAGCCCAUCUCGGUCACAGAUCGCGAAGUCAGUCAUCGAGAUCCUGUGAAUUCUGUGCUCUGGAUCAACUCCAAGAGUGGAACGGAGUUCUUCUCGGGCAGCUCGGACGGACAGGUGAUCUGGUGGGACACGAGGAAGCUCACUGAGCCCCUGGAUCGUCUCCUUCUGGAUCCCAUCAAGACAGAUGAUCAGAAUCUGGAUCGGUCUUAUGGCUGUUCCGUGCUUGAAUACGAGACAACAAUUCCCACGAGGUUCAUGUGUGGAACGCAGCAGGGAAUGCUCUUCUCGUGCAACAGAAAGGGAAAGACGCCCAGUGAGAAGAUUAACAUUCGUAUCAUGUGCCACUUGGGACCAAUUUACACGGUGGCCAGGAAUCCGGCCUUCGUGAAGAACUUCCUCACCGUUGGCGACUGGACGGCGAAGAUCUGGUCUGAGGACUGUCGCGAGAGUGCCAUCAUCUGGACGAAGAACCACUCCUGCCUCUUGACCGGCGGCGAGUGGAGUUCCACCAAGGUCUCAAUGUUCUAUAUAACGCGCAUGGACGGCGUCCUGGACGCCUGGGAUCUGCUGCAGCAGCAAAACGAUCCGGUGCUCAGCAUCAAAGUCUGCGACGAGUCCAUCCGCUCUUUGCGCUCGCACGAGGCAGGACGGCUGAUCAGUGUGGGCAGUGAGAAGGGGGCCACAUAUCUGAUAGAGGUCAGUGAGAACAUGUCCUUCUCAACGCGCAACGACAAGCCCUUGUUCACGGCGAUGCUGGAUCGCGAGAGCAAGCGGGAGAAGAUCCUGGAGGCGAAGCUGCGGGAGCUGAAAUUGAAGGUGCGCGCUGCUCAGCGUCAGGAGGAUGACACUGAGGAGGCCAAAGCGUCCCGCCUAGCUGCCAUGGAGCGAUCUUGCCAGCAGGCGCAAACUGACUACUUCAAGAUGGUGGAGAAGAUGAGAUCUUCCAGGAAUCCCGAUCUCUAUCCCUGUAAGUACGGCAGAUUUUCUGCUAAGGCUGAAAGACAUGAAGUGGAAAGCUUGGGAUUUGGGAGGAAUUUGAGAUUCUUCAGCUGACCAGCUCUUUUCUCCUUUCCAGUCAGCGGUGAUGAGGAUGAGGAGACUGCGGACAGGUCGGAAGUGAGCCAGAAGGACACGGACACCAGCGAGAAACACUAGUUGGCGUCUCUAAGCAACCCACCCACCUUUUCACGAAUUGCCUGUUUUGUUUCACACUCAGCGGCAGGUGUGAAAAUUGAUCAAACACCUCUGGAAAGAUUCCCUCGAAGAGACCCUUAGUGAGCACUGGUGAUUCUGCACAGCUCAUCCCCAUGAAUAAGGAAGUGAAGGUGGUU